CAAAAAUGCAGCCACGUGACUUUAAAGAAAGUGUCAACAUUGGCACUUCUUUGUAUUUUUUGGAGUUCUUAAGACCGGUCGGACAUGCCCGUGUCCUGCACGACUCAGUGCGGACGCAGGGCCAUCCUGCGGCGACCGAAGACCGGCACCGCCCUGUGCAAGGAGUGUUUUUUCGAAGCGUUCGAAACGGAGGUGCACCACACCAUCACCAGCGGCAACCUCUUCCAGCCUGAGCAGGUGGUGGCCAUCGCGGCGUCCGGCGGCAAGGACUCGACCGUGCUCGCCUACAUCAUGAAGCACCUGAACGACAAGUACGAUUACAAGCUCAACUUGAUGCUGCUGUCCAUCGACGAGGGCAUCACAGGGUAUCGGGACGACAGCCUGGACACCGUCAAGCAGAACAAGGAGGAUUACCAGCUGCCCUUGAAAAUCCUCUCCUAUCAGGACCUUUACGGCUGGACGAUGGACAAAAUCGUGGAGGAGGUGGGGAAAAAGAACAACUGCACGUUUUGCGGCGUCUUCCGCAGACAGGCCCUGGAGAGAGGCGCCGUCAUGAUGGGCGCCUCCUGCAUCGCCACCGGACACAACGCAGACGACAUUGCGGAAACGGUGCUCAUGAACAUCAUGAGAGGCGACAUCGCGCGGCUCGGGCGGUGUUGCUCGUCCGUGACCUCUUCGGACGGCGCCCUGCCAAGGGUCAAGCCGCUCAAGUUUUGCUACGAGAAGGAAAUCGUCAUGUACGCCUAUUUCCGCAAGCUCGUUUAUUUUUCCACCGAGUGCGUUUUUGCGCCGAACGCGUACAGAGGUCACGCACGGACGUUCCUGAAGGACCUCGAAAGAAUUCGACCGUCGGUGAUCAUGGACAUUAUCCACUCGGGCGAGAAUCUGAUGUUUCAGUCAGGCGUGAAAACGCCACAACAAAGCACCUGCGUCCGGUGUGGACACGUCUCCAGCCAGGAGUUGUGCCAGGCGUGCACUUUGCUCACUUGUCUCAAUGAAGGCAGAGCCAAGCACGGGGUCAGCAAAAAAUCUCACAAAAUCAAAACUCUCCGUGAGCCUGUUUAAUCUAAUUUAAAAAAAAAUUUUAAACAGUGGUUUUUUUCCUGUCUUUAUCCAAACAAAUUAAAAUUAAAUAUUAUUUUCUUCAAACAA